UCUAACUUUGCAAGUUUCUCCCGCUGCCUCCUUAAAAGCUAUGGCACAAAGUAAAAGCUUCUUCGAUGAUGUGAAAAAGGAAGUAGAAUGCCCAGUGUGUCAGGAACAGUUUGGCGAAAACAAGGAACCGAAAAUACUCAGUUGCUUUCAUACUUUCUGUAAAUCAUGUCUGGAAGGUUGGCUUCGACAACAACGCAAGGGAGCUUUGAGUUGCCCGACUUGCCGAACAAAAACUGAGUGUCCUAACAAUGAUAUCGACAGUCUUCCGUCGAACCUGUUUUACAAACAAAUGGUGGAAAUUGUGAAGGCAUACACAGGCCAAGAAGAAUCAUCACGCUGCGGUAAAUGUGACGAACAAAAAUCGCUAAAGUUUUACUGCUCCAUUUGCAACUGUUUACUGUGCGAAGAAUGUUCUGCAGUGCAUCAGAAGUGGAAAGAUUUCAGAGGCCAUCAGCUUAAGGAAAUUGGAAAACUUCAGUCUCGUGAUGUAGAAGACUACUCUCGAAGAGCAAAUGUCUGCAAGGAACACGAGGACGAAUUCAGAUUUUUCUGUAGAGCAUGUCAAAUUUGCAUUUGUCGUGACUGCGCCAUAUUGGAUCACGACGACCACAAGAAAAUUUCGCUUGAGAAAGGAUUAGAAAAUAAGACUACUGAAAUUGAGAAUAAGAUACGAGAGGUUCAGACAAACGAAGCCCACUUGAGAAACAAAAAGGAAUCUCUGGAGAAACGUAGAAUCAAAGUAUUUAACAGCUCUGAGCGAGCAAUGACUAGUGUACGGAUGGUUGCAGAACAAUGGAUUACAUUCAUUCGAAAGCAUGAAGCAGACAUAACAAGAGAGUUGCUGAGGCAGAAAGACGCAUUUGAAGCUGAAUUUUCAAACCAAAUGACGAGCUUGGAUGGAAGACUGGCAGAAAUCGAAAUUAGCUUGGGUUUUGGCGAGGAAAUUCUCUCUCGUAAGAAUCUACCAGAAAUAUUAAAUGUCGAAGAAAUGUUGGAGAACAGGCUGCAGAAACUAUCCGCGCCUUUUGAGCCUACACUGGAGUUCCCUGAGGUUGUUUACAGUUCAAAUGAUUUCAGUUGCUUGAAAUACGGACCUGGAAAGCUGAUAAGGACAGUUACAGAACCUACGGUAUCUGUUGCAGAAGGUCGGGGUUUGACUGAGGCAAUACAAGGAGAAGAGAGCACAUUUACUGUGAUAACAAAAGAUUUUAAGGGCCAAAUUGUGUACAGUGAGGUCGAUCAGAUCACUGUGGACAUCGUUUCCGUAAAAUCAGGAGAGAGAUUGAAAACAGGAGUGACUGAUUCGAAAAAUGGCCGCUAUCAGGUGAAGUACAGGUGUCACGCUAUAGGAGACUUCAAAAUAUCCGUCGCUGUCCGAGGUGAAGCCGUCAGGGGCAGUCCGUUUGUGUUACACGUGAAGGAGGAAACAACAAAAUUUUCGUCAG